UAAUAGCAGUAAUAAUAAUGAUCAACUAGACCCCAAUAAUAUAGAGAAAUUAGUUUAUAUAUUUUUUAAUAAUUUUAAAGAAAUAAUAAAUAAAAAAGAAAGUAUAUUCAAUAAUUAUUAUUUUUAUUGCAUUAUUCAUAAAUUUAUUAAAUUAACAAAUAUAAUAAAAAAUCAAAAUAAUAGCAAUUUCAUUGAUGAAAUAAUAGAAAUUUUAAAUAAUAACAAUGAAUCUAUAAGUAGUUUAUUAGUAAAAUCAUUAAGUUUAGAACUAGAUAAUAAUAGUACCAAAAAUUUCACAGACAAUAAUUUUUCAUCUUAUUCAGUAUUAAAUAAAAAUUUAAAAUUAAUUUUAUCAGUUUUAAAAUAUUAUAAUAAUGGUGGAUAUAGAAAUGAAAAUAUUUAUAAAUUUAUCAAAAACUAUAUAAUUUUGUGUAAUAAUAAUCAAAUAAUUAAAAAAAUUUUAAAUUUUGAUAUAAAUUCACAAAUACUAAAUAAUUUAGAUAUUCCAUCAUUGUUUGUUAAAUCUAAAACAGGCCAGUCAAUAAUCAUUUGUAAAAUAUAUAUAAUAGUAUUAGAAAUAAUAAAAUUCAUACUCUUAAAUUAUAAUAAUAAUAGUUUAUCAAGUAUAUUUAGUAUCCAAAAUAAUAACAAUAGUGAUAAUAAUAAUAAUAAUAAUAAUAAAUUUAAUGAUAGUAAUGAAAUAAUUUAUAAAUUUGGAUAUUUAUUCAUUAAUCAAGACGACAUUGCAAUUGAAACUAUAAACUCCUUAUUAACAGUUUACAAUGAAGUUUCAAAUAUAAAAGAUAAUAGCAAUAGCGAUGGCAAUAUCGAUAGUAAUAACAAUUACAAAAUCAUUAAUAACAAUUUAAUAUUAUUAAAAAAUUUAUUUGUAAAUAGUUUUAAUCCUCACAAUAUAUUUUGUUUUUUUAUAAAAGAAAUAUGUUUUUACGAUCAUUUAAUAAUUAUAGAUAUGUUGAUAUCUAAUGAAACCACAUUUCUUAAUUAUUUUUUAAAUUAUCUCAAAUUAACAUCAACAUUAUCAACAGCAGAUAUAUUUAGUCACAGAGAAGAUAAAGAGGAGUUUAUUAGUUGCUUGAGCCUACUAUAUAACUCAAUAGAGACUUCAAACAAUAAUAAUAUUUUCCCAUAUAACCCUAAAAUAUUACUAUUAAAAUUAGAAAUGUAUUUAAAUAAAUUAAAAACAAUUAAUAAACAAAAAUAA